AUGGAUAUAGACGAUAUCCUCGCCUCGAUUGACCGGCCAGGCUUCUCAUCGCCCGAAGCUACCGUCCUGGACGCCCAGCAACUUACGCGCUUCUGGGUUUCAGAGAGAGGUGUCCCGGAGCUUCUGCCAUGGCCUGGCCCGCUGAUGGAGAGGGUUAUGGAAAGGGUUCGGAGGCAGAUUGAAAAAAUCGAAGACCUCACCGCAUCCGCCUCAGAUCCCACCUCCGCGAUAUCAAACCCAACCAAAAACCCAACACUCAACCUCAAGCUCUCCAUCCUCCAAUCCGACCUCUCCCGCACCCAAUACUUAAUCCGCUCCAUUCUCCGCCAGCGCCUCGCAAAACUCACAAAGCACAGUCUACAUUACCUCCUCCUCUCCGCCCCUCCGCCUUCCUCCCACCCCAACUCUUCACAAUCCCAGCAACAAUCCUCCCAAGCAACCUUCAACACACCCACACCCACCCUUCCCCCAACUGCCUCUACCACACACACAUAUCAAUUGAACAAAGACACAAAACACCCCCUCCUUUCCGCGCAGGAAUCCGCAUUCCUCCAGAACCACCAAUCCCUCCUAACAGCACACUACAACAGCUGUUUCCUAUCCACGUUUCCAUCACAGUUGCGCCGCCUAGACGAUAAUGCGGGCGGGAUAAGUAUGAUACAGGGGCCUGAAACGAAGGAGGUCGUAUUCGUGCGCUGUUUGGUGGAGGAAGUGAGGAUUGUUAUCGCGGCUGGUGAAGAGGCGGGUAGCAGUAGUUAUGGGGGUGGGGAUAUCUAUGGGAGGAGGAUGCGAAGGGGGGAGGUAUGGGUUGUGAGGUGGGAGGGAGUUAAGGAGGCGUGGGGGAAGGGUGAGGUGGAGGUCCUUUAG